AUGGCGGGGCACAGGCGCGAGGCCCGAAGUCAAUGCUGCGUCCUGCUCCCACUCAGCCAGAUGACGUCGCGGGCCCGUUCCGUGCAGAUCUUGACCAAGUACGCCCUGCGGCGUACGUUCGCCCGGGCCGCCGCCUCGCCAAGGCGAACGACGAACAUGUCUCUGGUCUCCAUGGAGUCUGGCUCUGUAGCGGCAAGGAUGUGUUCCAGGCUGGUAAGUAGGCCCAAGGGGGGUGCUUUCGAGGCCGACGGCAGGUACGCCAUCUUCACCAGCGCCAUCCCCAAGUACCACGAGGCCCUGCUCGCCGAGCUGGCGACGUGGGCCUCGCGGCCCGCGGCAGAGGGCAGGUACGUGGCCGUUGGCGGCAACAACUACCCGGAGGAGUGGCAGGGCAAGAACGUCCUGAAGUCGGACUGCGGGGACGACAUGUCCUCGAUCUCCUGCAAGGAGGCGACCCUGCUCGCGGAGGGCGCGGCGCGGGGGGCGGACUGGCUGUACGUGAUCGGCGAGGACAACUAUGUACACACGGGCCGCGUCGAGGAGUUCCUGAGCGACAAGGACCCCAGUGCUAACGUCGCGUACGGCGUCGUCGGAUGCGGGAAAGGCUCCUUCUGCGUGGACAACGAGGCCUACAACUCGCACGGCGGGAUCUGCGGCGGGAGCGGCUACAUCAUCAGCCGCACGGCCCUGCAGCGGCUGCUGGCCGGCGGGGCGCCGGCGCUGCACGCGGUCUACGACAAGACGCCCUGGCCGAACGACAUGACGACGAGCUGCCAGCUCCGCAAGCACGGGGCAGAUCUGUUACUCGCCGAGAACAUGUACGGCUUCCCCAUCGCCGACUUGGACGAGUUCGAAGGUUUUGCACGCCAGGGUAGCUUCCUCACCGUGCACUACGUGCAUCCGGACACCAUGCGGUGGUUUCACGCGCUCAACGAGGGCUCGAGGGCCGCCGUGCUGCAGCCUCUGCAGAAGAAGGCGUUCGACCGCGGCUGCUCCCGCGCCAUGAAGGAGAGGAUGCCUAAAGCGUGGGUCGAGUGCAUGCAGAGAAAGGGGUUCACGGCGCGGGACAUCGACGCGGAGCUGGCGGCGCCGAGCUGAGGCGAUACGCGGGCGGCGCGCACGAGUUGGUGGGGCGAGGGGGGCGGCCCCGCCGAGGAGGCAGGGCGGCUCUGCGCAAGAAGGCAGGCGGCUCUCCAGAAGCGCCCUCCCAGCUGCCACGAGUUGGCGUCCACGUGCGAAACCUGCCCCAGCCUCCCCACGAUUCCUGAGGGGAGAGGGUGGGGCUCGCUUCGCUCGGGAGCUCCCGAGCGAGGCGAACCCCACCUCACCCCUCAGAACCCGGGGGGGGAGGGUUCGCAUGUGGCCGCCCAGCGAGGCCUCUGGAGGAGGAGGAGUCGGAAGCCUUGGAAGGUCAUCGUGCGUUGUCUCGGCUGAAACAAUGCACUGCUCGAUUUCGUUUCGAGCUUGUUGCUGCUGGCUGUCUCAUUCGGC